AUGUUUAUGAUUAUAUUAUUAUGGUUGGCAGAUGCAGAUGACAACGCUAUUGAACUAUUGAGAUUUAUUCGUUAUGGGCAUACUGCGAAUUACAAUAAAAUUGACAAUAAACUUUAUUUUGUGGGAGGAGUAGAUCGUCACAAUAGUACUUCAGCUGAUUUUUUUACACUUGAAAUAUCAAACUCACUGAAUAUAACAGCUCCAAAUUUUGAGCAGAAAAUACUUAAUCCUACGCCGCCUAAUGUAGCUUUUAUAACUUCAGAGAUAAAGAAUUCAAAAAUCUACGUAUUUGGAAGUUUUGAGGACACAGAGUUGUUUCAAGGCUUUGUAAUUGAUAUAUCGAGUAAACCAUCUUGGAAUAAACUUGAUGUUUUAACAGCAUUUGAUAGUCCACAAGUUCCACAAGAAAGAACGAUGAAUGCUAUAGUCGAUUCAAUUGGGAAGAUUUAUGUUUUCGGUAAAUUUAUUCAACAACCAUCACCUCAGUCACAAUCAACCUCUCAACAAUCAUCACCUCAGCCACAAUCAACCUCUCAACAAUCAUUCCCUGAACAAACAUACUUUCAAACAUCAGUCUCUCGUAUACCCGCCGGAGGACCCUCCGACGAACUCCCCAGGCCAACUCACGAUAUAUCAUCCGUGAAAUCCCCAGAGCAAUCCACACAGUCAAAACUAACUCCUAAAUUAAAAGCACCCCUUCAGCAACGGGCACCCGAUCUGCAACAAACAUCCAGUGCAAUGUUCAUUUAUAAUAUAAAUACGGAAACUUGGAUAAUCGUUAACAUAAAAAACAUAAAAGAUUAUGACCAAUUCAAAUUACCAGCUUCUGAUUUUACUGCGACAUAUUUAAAAGUGUCCAAUUCCAUAAUCUAUAUAGGCGGUAAAUCUUCAGAUGGAAGCUUUAUACCAAUGAAUCAGAUUUGGAUAUACAGUAUUUCAGAUAGAACAUUAACAUCAAAAAAUACUGACGAAAACAACAUAGUUGACCGAUAUAGACAUUCAGCAUGCUUAGUGCAAAAUAAGAUCAUCGUUUACGGCGGACUUUCAACACCACCUUUGGAUUCUAGUAAUGCUUUGGUAAUUCUAGAGAUAGAUGACGGCAAUUACAAUUGGAAAACACCAAAGGUUACAUCAAAUACGCAACCUAUCGUUAUUCCUUAUUAUCAUACUGCAACUAUUAUCGACGAUACUUAUAUGAUCGUUGCAUUUGAAGCUAAUGGAAUGUUAAUUGGAGAUACAAAUCAAAUAAACAAUAGUGGAGAU